UCUGGUCAACUGGGUGAUGGUGAGAAGAGACUGUUGCGACUUGCUGGUGUGACGAGUAAAUCAGCAACCACCCGCCCGGCCCAACUCGAUCGAAAAUUGCAGAGUCUUUCACCGUCCAUUAUGGAGGGGCACACUAAGGCCAGCUCCAACGAACCUAUACAUGUGAUAAUCAUCGGUGCCGGUCUCGCAGGUCUGGCAACGGCUCUCUCAACGAAACUUGAGACUCCCUCCCACCGUGUGACGAUCCUCGAGGCAGUCAAAGAACUGCAGGAAGUCGGUGCCGGCCUUCAACUCACCCCGAACGCGACACGCCUCCUCGAAGCCUGGGGUCUAAACCCGGCACUCGCUACCUUGGCGACCGUUCCCUCCACCCUCUCUGUCCACCGUUACGACGGUACUCGCCUCCUCGCCCACGAAUCGCAUCUCCAAGAGACGGUCCAAUCUCGGUAUGGCCAUCCCUUCUGGGGCCUCCACCGCGUCGAGCUUCAGCGCGCCCUGGUCGACCGCUGCACCGCCCUUGGCGUCGAGAUCCGCCUCUCCUCGCGCGUUCGCUCUGUGGACUUUGCCAGUGCAACCGUGACCCUGGACCCAACUUCCAAUUCAUCGUCGUCAUCUCCUACUGUCUCCGGUGAUGUAGUCGUCUGCGCCGACGGAAUGUGGUCCACGACCCGCGCCCAGUUCCUCGAACGACCCUCGCCCCCAGCCCUGACCGGUGACCUCGCCUUCCGUAUCGCGAUCCCAAUCGACUCCCUCAAGGGCCCCCACAAAGCCGAGCUCGAGGCAUUCAUAAAAUCCGAGACUGUAAACUUCUGGAUCGGCCCGCAGGGUCACGGCGUCUCCUACACCGUCAAACAAGGCCGCAUGCUCAACCUUGGCCUGCUCUCGCCAGACAACCUACCCGAAGGCUCGACAAAAGUCCUCGGCGACGUCGAGGAAAUGCGCCGCCUCUUCUCCAGCUGGGAUCCUCUGCUCCGCAAGCUCCUCGACCAGGUCGACAGCGUCCACAAGUGGAAGCUCUGCUGGAUCGAACCCCUGGACCAGUGGGCGAACCGCGAGGGAACCUUCUUUAUGGCCGGAGACUGCUGCCACCCUAUGCUCCCCUACCUCGCACAGGGCGCAAACUCCUCGCUCGAAGACGGCGCCGUGCUGGGUCACCUGCUCGGCAAGAUCCGUGGCGGCCGCGAGACCGAGACUGAAGGGUCGAGCUCCCAGCUCGCUGCGGCGGCGGCCAUGUACCAGCGCCUGCGCAUGACGCGAGGCCAGCGCAUCGUCAUGGAGUCCUUUGCGCAACGCGAUGACUUUCACAUGCCAGACGGCCCUGAGCAGGAGCGCCGCGACGAGAUCAUGAUGGCAUCGUUGGGUCAUGGGAAGGAGCCGCAGCCGGGGUUCCCUUCGCGGUGGACGUGUCCUGAUAUCCAAGGGUUUCUGUACUCGUACGAUGCGUACGCGGAAGCGGAGAAGGCAUACAGUCAAAACCCGUUUUGA